GGUGCUACAUGUUCCGCACACCGCUUGGCUUGAUGGGAGUGGCGGUUGUUUCAAUAUGGCGGAUGUAACCGGUUGGAAUCGUAACGGUGGGAUUUUCUGGAUUAGGGAUACGUCAGACGAAGAUCAGCCCGUGGUAUUCGUACCUGGUGUGAGCAGAGAAAAGAUUAUGGGAAUGAAGGAGGGAUCAAGGUGUGGUCUUGACAGAAAGGGGAAGAUGAAACCAAGCAAAGUGGACAGAAAUGCAGUAGCUGGCAGCAGUGCAAAGAGGAAGCUCUGCGUGGCCCCUGAACACAAGGCUAAGGGCUCCCCUGUCUAUGCUACUCCCUCAGCGAUGUCUGCGGUCCAGUCUCGAGCUGACAGCCGUUUCCUGCCCCCUGCUGUCCCCAGCACGGAGCUGGCUGAAGCAGACCAAGCCAAGAGCCGUGCCUGUCUCAAGGACCUCUGCCCUGAAGACAAGCGUCGUAUUGCCAACCUCAUCCAGGAACUGGCAAGGGUGACUGAGGAGAAGGACGAGACAAUGCAGAGGCUUCAUGAUGAACAAGAAUCUUUUGAGAGGAAAAUCCAACAGCUUGAGGAACAGAACCAGCUCAUUGUCCAGGAACGGCAAAGCCUGCAGCAGCAGUAUCGCGAGUGUCAGGAGCUGCUGUCACUCUACCAGCAGUAUCUGUCCCAAGAGCAUGAGAAGCUCAGCCAGUCAUGCUCCCAGCGCAAGCAGGUGAGCACUGAUGAAUUUGUUCCUGCCGGUCCACGGAGACCGGGGGGGCAUGACUGCUCCUACUUGGGUCUCUCUAACCAUGACGCAGUAAAAGGAGAUGGGCAGAGAAGCUCCAGGACUGACACUCCCACCCAGCACCCUGCCAGUAGCUACCAGCCCAGUGACCCAGCUGAGAGAGCAUCCCAAGUCACUGGUCCUCAAGGAGUAAGACAAGGACCUCAACAUCCAGGAACCUUCAAGUGUGCAGGGUCUGUCACUGUGGACUCCAGGAGCACCAAAGAGAUGUGCGGUUCUUUCUGUUCUCCUUGUGAGAUGAGGCUAGAGGACGGGGGGCCAAGCUCAAGUGAGGUGGCGGCCACAGCACCCCCUGCUGGCCAGGAAGACUGGAAAGAGAGGAGGAACCGUCUCCUGCUGCAGAAGAUGGAGCUGGAGGUGGAGCGUGAGCGGCUUCAGGCUUGCUUAACUCAGCAGGAAGAACGCUUACUCCAACAGAGGCAGCGGCUGCGUCAGUCUCGCCUGGAGCACAGCAGGUUGCCAGAUGUUCCAGUGGGGGGAUCCGACAGUGUCUCGAAUGGGCUGGAGCUGCAGAAGCAGAACACCCCACGCGGUGAUUUGAGCUGUCAGGUGGAUGUCCGGGUUUUGCCUGUUGGCACAGCAGGGCAGCCAGCCACUGACAAAGGCGCCAUGUCCCACCCUUUGGACCAGUCUCUGCAUUCAGGGGGGGCCGUGACCUUGCCCACUGAGCAUGCUGCCCCCUCCACUGUGGAGUCCAGUGUCCAGCUCCAGUCUGUUCCUUCUGCAGUGGAUAAGACCCCCCGCAGCCGCUCACUACGCAUCACGCAACCUUGCAGUGUGGACUCCACUCUGAUUGAAUUGCUGGAAGUGAUGAGCCCCAUCUCGGGGAGGGACUACACGGGGUUCCUUACCCAGCAGCGUCUGAAGCCGCCUUUCAUUGCCAGUGGAGUGCGGGGUAUGCCUGCUUCAGCCUCGUUUGUCCCUCCUCCAUCUCCACAGCACAGCAUGCAGGAGGACCCAGAGGAGAGUCAGCUUCUGGAGGAGAUCUUCUUUAUCUGUUAACACAGAAAAUACCCCCCCCCCCCCCCCC